UCAUCUACAUUAUUCAAGUGAGUUAAUUCGUUUAAUAAUCAAGAGUUGCAAUCAAAUUUCUUUGAGUUUUUAUAUAAAAAGAUGGCAACUUGUGGUGGUAUGCAGUCCAUGAUAUUGGGAAGUCCAAUAGUGUCAAAGAGGAAUGGAGUGAAUCAGUUCGUUCCUUGUUGUUAUAUUCCACGCCCUCAGAGGAAUUCUACUCUUAGUGUUAAGUGUAUGUCCAAGGAUGGUGAGAAGGGUCAAACUUCAAACUCGUUGAAUGAUACUGCUGCAACGCCUACGCCUACACCAACACCUCGUCCUGUGGCUAAGACCAGCACCAAAUUCGGAGACCUAUUCGCCUUCUCUGGUCCAGCACCAGAGCGUAUUAACGGCAGGCUAGCAAUGAUCGGGUUCGUUGCCGCCCUUGGCGCUGAAUUCGCCAACGGCGGCGACAUCUUCGCUCAGCUAUCGAGCGGAGGUUUUUCGUGGUUCUUAGGGACAAGUGCUUUACUAACAUUAGCAUCUCUAAUUCCUCUAUUUCAAGGCAUUAGAGCUGAGAAAAAAUAUACAAGUGGGAUUAUGAGUGCUGAUGCUGAGAUUUGGAAUGGAAGAUUCGCUAUGUUGGGAUUAGUUGCUUUGGCUUUUACUGAGUAUGUUAAAGGAGGUGCAUUUAUUCAAGUGUAAAUGAUUUAAUUAUAAAAGAAAAUUAUCGCGCCUCCUGGCUUUGUUUUCAUAUAAUUUAUUCGAUUAGAUGGAAAGUUAUACGACUUUUUGACUUUGUAAGAAUAUGAAAUGAGUGCGAAAAUAUGUAACCUACUUUGCUAUUUUUAUGUAUUUCCUUAAUUAUGCUGUUUAAGUUUUGAUAAAUUGGAAAAUAUUUUCUCCUAUUUAAGG